GCGGGUCCCGGUGGUAACAUGGUGCGAAGAUCAGGGCAGCACUAAGCCUGUAUAAGGACACCACGACCAAAAAUAAAACAAUCCAAGCUUAUCUGAUCUACCAACACGCCGAGGAGGAAUCCAGCUGUUUUCGGACGCGGUCUGACCCUGGGGUUGUGUCAUUGCUGUGCACACACAGACUCGUCACCAUGGGAAAGCAGAACAGCAAGCUCAGGCCAGAGAUGCUACAGGACCUGAGGGAGAACACUGAGUUUUCGGAUCAUGAGCUACAGGAGUGGUACAAGGGCUUCCUUAAAGACUGCCCAAGUGGCCACCUGAAUGUGGAGGAGUUUAAGAAGAUAUAUGCCAAUUUCUUUCCAUAUGGUGACGCCUCCAAGUUUGCAGAGCAUGUUUUCCGCACAUUUGACACCAACAACGACGGCACCAUUGACUUCCGGGAGUUCAUCAUCGCUCUUAGUGUGACCUCACGGGGAAAGCUGGAUCAGAAGCUGAAAUGGGCAUUCAGCAUGUAUGACCUAGAUGGCAACGGGUACAUCAGUCGUGAGGAGAUGCUCGAGAUUGUGCAGGCCAUCUAUAAGAUGGUGUCCUCGGUGAUGAAGAUGCCUGAAGACGAGUCCACACCAGAGAAAAGGACAGAUAAGAUCUUCAGACAAAUGGACUUGAACAAUGAUGGUAAGCUCUCUUUGGAGGAGUUUAUAAAAGGUGCCAAGAGCGAUCCGUCCAUCGUGCGGCUGCUGCAGUGCGACCCCAGCAGUGCCUCGCAGUUUUGAGUCUUUUAAGAAACAGGCGCUCUGUGCAUGAAGGUUCUCGUCUUUUCAUUGUUAUUUGUGUUCCAGACGGAAGAGUUUUAAGAGGAGGAAAAAAAAUCGCAUCAGUUUUACUUUGUUUUCUUUGAGAAGGGACAGGCAUGCAUCCGAAGAACAAAGACGACACCCGCAAAGGUGUCUUCUGUCUGCUGCGCUUCGUCUGUCCGUGUCUGUGAGGCUCAAGGAGCGCUCGGCUCACGCCGUUUAGCCACCAUACUCCAGGCUCCUGGUUUUGGGAAGGAACAUUCCCUGGAUAUCGUGCAUGCACUCCCACUCUUCCCUGCCCUCAGCUCUCUCUCUCUCUCUCUCCUGCCCGAGUCUAGCAAUCCUGUUUUAAUUUUGUUCUCCUUCCUUUUUGUUUUGUGUGUGGGUGUGCACACUAUAAACACACAUAUAGAACAUAUUAGAUGGCUAGUAUAGAUGCCUUUUUACUCAGACAGUAUUAUGUAGCUCAUGUAAG